AGACGCGGAUAUUUCUCCUAUGUACAACACCUUAUCGUACUCGAUAUCCGGUGGUAAUGGAAGAUUUAUUGUUGAUAAGACCACAGGGGAUAUUCUAGUGAAGUGUAGUAACUGCACUGCCGAACUUGACAGAGAGAAGCAAAAUAUUUAUUACUUGACCUAUACAGCUAAAGAUGUAGAUGGACGGAGCGAUUCUGCAUCACUUGUUAUCGAGCUAUUAGAUGUAAAUGACGAAACGCCUGUAUUCUUGAGUUCGUCAUACAAAGUUAUCAUAGAUGAGAAUGAUGAACAGUAUGUGAACAAAACGCCUUUAAUAAAAGUCGAGGCACGCGACAACGAUAAAGCAGAUACAAACAACAGUGCAGUUGUGUAUAAUAUCACAAAAACUUCAGUGGCAAAUUUCUGGACAAACUUUACAAUUAAUCAUACAACAGGAAAAAUAUAUCUUAAGUCUGCGCUGGAUUAUGAGAGACUAAUAAAUUCGCGCGGUGAAAUAGACAUUACUGUCCAAGCUUCAGAUAAGGGUAACCCUCAGCUAAGUAGCAGUGUUAUUGUUACCUUAAAUGUUCAGGACAUGAAUGACAAUCAACCAACGUUCAAUUGCACUAUGUAUAAGGCCGAAAUCAGAGAAGAUGCGACCCAAUACACACCAGUGGAGCAAGUUUUUGCUACCGACGAUGAUGGCACAAAUCGGAACAAAGACCUAAGUUACAUUAUAAUAAAGGGUGGAUCGGAUAGAUUUACAAUCAAUGCAACCUCGGGAUUAGUCAGUGUCCAGUUAGGGGCCAGGUUUGACAGGGAAACUGUGCCUAACUAUAAUUUGACCAUUUUUGCAAUUGACCAAGGAUAUCCACCUAAAACUGGAACUACAACACUGUCUGUUGAUCUGACUGAUGUCAAUGAUAAAUCGCCAGAAUUCAGUCAAAGUGAAUAUUUUGCGACAGUUAUAGAAAACGCUUACUCUUCAUCGUUUGUGAACAACUGCUCGGCUUCAGAUGACGACUUAGAUAAAGAAUUAAAAUCUAGUAUAACUAAUAAAGCGGCAUCAGACGAGAAUGGAAAGACGGUUAACCAGUCAUUAGUCUCUUUACCGUGUAACAAAACGCCAGUUACUGUAUAUACGGAGAUUCACGCAACAGAUGAAGACAGCAAUGCAAAUGGAAGAGUAAGUUACCUGAUGGAGGUAUGUAUAACACGUGAUUAAGGCAAUACAUUACUUAAC